AUGGUGCACCUAGAAGAGAUCACCGACGAGGUGGCUGAGAAGCUGCAGGUGUCUGAGAAUAGCAACUCAUCAUCGACACCUCCUCCCUCACAACCAAAGUCGGCCAACAUUCUUCCCUCUAAAAAUGUGGUCGAUUCGCUACCCGAGAAUCCCAUUCUUACCAAGCUCAGAGCUGCCGCAGAAGCUGGCCCCAGUGCUGCCGGCCCGGCCUUGAGUCCGGCGCGCGCCUGGACGGAGAACAAGUCGGUCGACGAGGUGGUCGCCGAGCUGAAGAAGUCUCCGCUGUUCAUGACGGAUCUCGAGGAGAAUGACGACACAGAGGCGCUCAGAGCGCUGGCGUACGAGGGAACGCCGCUCGAGGUGGCUAGUGAUUUCAAGGAGCGCGGCAACGAGUGCUUCCGCGAGAAGAAGUGGAACGACGCCAAGGAGUUUUACACCAAGGGCGUGCUGGUGCUGGCCGCCGAGGAGCGCAAGCGCCGCGGCUACGACCUCCAGGGGCGCAAGAUUGACCCGUCGACCCAGGAGCCCGAUUCCGAGGAAGAGGUGGCCCAGCAGCGCGCCGUGCUCGAGAGCCUGUACGUCAACCGCGCCGCCUGCCACCUCGAGGUCAAGAACUACCGCAGCUGCUGGCUCGGCGGCGCCGCGGCCCUCAAGCUCAACCCGGCCAACGUGAAAGCCCUGUACCGCAGCGCCCGGGCCCUGCUGGCCGUGGACCGCAUCGAGGAGGCCGACGACGCGUGCGCGCGGGGCCUGGCCCUCGACGAGAGCAACAAGGCCCUGCAGGCCGUCGCCCGCGACAUCAUUGCCCGCAGCGAACAUGUGGCGGCGCAGCGGCGGCGCGAGGCCGAGCGCCUGGCCCGAGAGGAGAGGCGGGCCGCCCUGCUCAAGGCUGCCAUCGCGGCGCGUGGCAUCCGCACCCGGAGCACGGACAAGCCCCCCGAGAUGGAGGACGCGCGGCUGCGCCUGGUGCCCGACGAGGACGACCCGACGAGCUCUCUCAGCUUCCCCACCGUGCUACUGUACCCGGCGGACCUCGAGACGGACUUUAUCAAGGCCUUUAAUGAGCAGGAGUCGCUCGCCGACCACCUCUCCUACGUUUUUCCCCUGCCCUGGGACCAGAAACGCGAGUACACGCUCGCUGGAGUCGAGUGCUACAUGGAUACGGUUAGUGGCGGGCUCAUCAAGGUCGGUAAGAAGGCCCCGCUACUCAAGGUCCUGUCGUCGGACAAGGUCGAAGUUGUCGACGAGGUCGUGAGGAUAUUUGUGCUCCCAAAGGCCAAGGCGGAGAGCUGGGUGCAAGAAUACAAGUCGAAAAAGGCCGCAGAACGAGGUGGAUGA